AUCUCGUCGCCGUCCAACGGCACGUCCAUCAUGCCCAGCACCCCGUUCAACUUCACGUACAACACACGCGCCGACUACGGCACGUCGUCGUACAAUUUCACCGUCUGGCUCUGGUCCUCCGCCACGCCGUCCUCGUCCGGCCAGGACUUUGCGACGGGGUACUACUUUGGACGGUAUGCUGAGGAGAAUUACCCUGGUGAGUGUGCAACCCCCGACCCCGCCAACCCGGUGCCCCCGCAGCUGUGGAUGCCCGACCUCGCCCAGAUCCUCGGCGGGUUUGGCACUGGCUCGACGGCGAGCGAUGUGCCCAUGUACCUCGUUGUCAUUGAAGAGUGGGGUACUGGUCAGGGCUCCCUCGGUACACGGUUCUCCCAGACGUCCACUCAGAUCGUUUACAACGGCACUUCGGCC